GUGCCGUCAUGGCGACGCUGCCGCCGCGGAAAAAUCCAACUCCCACAAAAAUUUCGAAGCAGCAUUUGACGCCGUUGCAAACGCUUCUGCAGCUGGGCUUCCCGAAGCACCGGGCGUACGUAUCGCCACGCGGAAUGUAGGGUCGGUGGCUGACGGCGUCGUUCACGUGGCGCGUCAUUUUAUGCGUCGCCCGAUCACGUAAACAAACAGCUGUCAAGCGUCGCCUUGGCUGGCGUUAUUUCGCAUGACUAAUUUUUGAUCAAACAGACACACUUUGUCCCUAAACUCAACGUUUGGACGAGACGGAUUGUCCCCGGAGUCCGGACGAAAUUCCUUUUUCAUUAGGAUUUAAAUGGUUCUGAGUACUCGAAGAUGCACGCUUGAUGGAGAAGGCGCUGGCUGCGACGGGACACCGUGGUGUGCAAUUAGCGUCAGACUGGUUACUCGCUCAUGUGAGAGAUCCGACUUUGGAUUCUGAUACACAGCGGCAAUACGUUUUAUACGCUUGUCCCACUGGACCAUUAGCCGAGCAGCUUGAGGUGUUUUGGUCAGAGAGUAAAGAUCUAAGAUGGAACAGCGCGCACAAUUUUAUACCGCAUAUUACUCUUGUUCCCUUCUUUGAUGCUCCCGAUGAGUUCACAGAAGAAUUGACAAAUGCUUUUGAAAAUGUGGUCCAUCAGGAUGGAUUGCACGAACAUAUCGAGCUGGAGACAUAUGUGUCGCAUAAUUUUAUGGGUCUUUUCGUCAAGGAUGUAAAUGCAGAGUGGCUAAAGAACAUCGCUGUUCGAUAUGUUAAUAAACUCGCUGCUCUAGGUAUCACUGCCGAACCACGAGUGAAGUCUCUGCAUCUUACACUGGCUUAUCAGUUUCCUAACAUGUUAUUUCAUCCUCUCCGCUUGAUGGUCGAGAAACUAGGACCAAACAUAUCGGCCAAUUGGGAACUGAGAUUAUAUUCGAGAGACUCGAGAUUGCAGAAUUUGCAUGUGCACAAAGUAACGCACGCUCACGUGCCACGGGAGCACGACGAAUUAGAAUUAAGAGUAGGCGAUUAUAUUUAUAUUCCAGAAGGAGCGUGCAAUGCGUCCACGGACGGUUGGGUGGAAGGGAUCUCUUGGUUGACCGGCAUAUCGGGCCACUUACCGUUGAAUCAUACCAAAAGGACCGCGGAAUCGGAUUCGUGGACGUUGCAUGCCACUGUGCCGAUCAUUGCCAUUGACAAUAAAUGCGAGAGCACGGAAGACGAGGAUGUACCGAAAGUUAGGAGACCACCGCCAGUUCUAUCUUCAAGUGAUUCCGUCGAUGCACCCGACGGGAUAUCCAUCACGGAAGAGCCGAUGGCAGCGUCAGAAGCGCCUCAAACACCGUCCAGAGAAAUCUUCAUAUGUCGACACGGGGAGAGGGUGGACUUCACCUUCGGCUCGUGGAUUCCGUAUUGCUUCGAAUCGAACGGAAGUUAUGUGCGCCGUGAUUUGAAUAUGCCCAAGGAAGUACCAUCCAGAAAUAUUCAAGAUUUUCAAAAUGACGGUCCGUUGACGACCGUUGGGGAGAUGCAGGCGAGUUUGGUAGGCGAAGCCAUGAAAUCAUCCAAUAUUAAGAUAGAUGUAGCCUUCACGUCACCGUCGUUACGUUGCGUCCAAACGCUCGCACAUAUCUUAAAGGGACUCGAAUCUAACAUUCCAAUCAAAAUAGAGCCAGGCCUCAUAGAAUGGUUGGCAUGGUAUCCGAACGGAAUACCUGUCUGGAUGACUUCCGAGGAAUUGAUAAAGGCGGGUUUCAACAUAGACAUUGAUUACGAUCCGAUCGUGAAGGCUAAGGAUCUCCCACUGAAAGAGAAUGCCGCGCAGUAUUACGAACGCAGUUACGAUUUGACCAAGAAGAUUAUAGAAAGUACAGUUGGCAAUAUUUUGAUAGUAGCACAUGCUGCUUCCUUGGCUGCUUGCACCAGGCAAUUGACCGGUGGUAGGAUACCUCCGGCAGCUGAAGUCACUAGAUUAGUUCAAAGGGUACCUUAUCUAGCGUGCUUGACUGCACGUCAAGAUAUCGAUGGUUGGCAGCUUCAUCCUCCUCCCUUCCCACCAAUUACCCAUACCAGUAAUAGCAGAUUCGAUUGGAAAGUUUUAAUGUAAAGAAUUACGCUACGCGAGCUUUUAUCACCUCACAAAGCCUAUAUAAAUAUAAAAGACUGUUACGAUACAAUGAAUUUUUACGCAGGAUUUUAUCUAAUAUCAAUGAUAUUGCAACAAUAUUCAACGAAUCCAGGAAACAAAUUUUUUUCGGAAAGAUAUCGUUAAUACGAUGAUAUUGAUAAAUAUGAUAAAAGCUAGUCGAUUGCACGACAGUUGAAUAUUUACUUCAGAUUACGAUCAAUACGGGUAUAGAUCAAUCAAGGUAUAGUCUAUGUUUUAAUUAUGAAUAUAGAACGAAUACUAGCCAAUGUAUAUUACUGGUAUCGUGCUAUACCAAUCUGCUAAAUAUCUAAUAUAUAGGCGAUAUACUAGUCUUGAUUGGACACAUUUUCUUGCCGAGACUUAGAUGAGGCACUAAUCAAAGAAAAAAGAUAGUAUUUAUAUAUUUAAAUAUAUAAUAAUAUUUUCUGAUUGUAGUAUUCAUGUUUGUUGCACAUAUAAGAUAUUUUACUCUUUAACGUAAUAUUAUAUAUUGAGAUAGACAUGUACAGAGGAGUCAAUAAGGUGCUUCUAUACAUAUUGUUCACAUUUUUGUCGAUAGAUAAACAUUACACACAUGAGCUUUAUAUUACCAUUUCUUGAAGAAUUUAGGGAUAUAACAUGUGUCAAUUAAGUGUGACGUUGAAUCUAAUUCAAUAAUAUCUGCGUUGCAUCAUAAUAAAUUCUGAUGCACAAAAUGAAAAUAUAUUUAUAAUACCGU